CUUUCACUAGCUCAGCGUCACCUGACUGAGCGCCAUGCAAAUCGCUCUGCUUCUAGAACGCCAUUGGCCGCUCGUGGCUCAUCUAACCGCUGUCAAGGCGCAUCGUAUGGCUGUCGCUUUAUUAACUAACUUCUCAACUCUGACAGGGAAAGUGGCUCAACGGCACAUUCUGUCAGUGGAUGUGAACCAACAACCGGAGAGGAGAUAAAACACACACAGAACAUUUCUGAGACUCCCGCUUUCUUGGAUUAGUAAUUAAAUUAACAUUUCACUCAUUUUGAGGUAUAGGAUUGUUGAUCCCUCGUGUGUACCUGCUCUGCCAGACUCGCGCGCCGACUGAAACAGACAUUUUUUUUCUCUAUUGGUAGAAAGUUUGAAAAACAGGUGAAUGUAUAGCAUGAUGAUGGAGACGGACCUCCAUUCCCCUGGACCCCAAACGAACACAAAUUCGGGGCAGACGGGACCAAACAGUGGGUCGAAAGCGAAUCAGGACCGGGUGAAGCGUCCGAUGAACGCGUUCAUGGUGUGGUCCCGUGGGCAGCGGAGAAAGAUGGCCCAGGAGAACCCCAAAAUGCACAACUCCGAGAUCAGCAAGCGGCUGGGCGCGGAGUGGAAGGUGAUGACGGAAGCGGAGAAGAGACCCUUCAUCGACGAAGCGAAGCGGUUACGAGCCAUGCACAUGAAGGAGCACCCGGAUUACAAGUACAGACCAAGACGGAAGACCAAGACCCUGCUGAAAAAGGACAAAUACUCUCUGGCUGGUGGCCUGCUCUCUGGGGCUGGCGGUGGUGGAAUGGGUCUGGGGGUCGGGGUGGGUUCAUCCGGGGUCGGCCAGAGGUUAGAGAGCCCCGGGUGCCACGGGGGCUCCGCCAGCUCAGGCUACACGCACAUGAACGGCUGGGCGAACGGUGCGUACUCGGGGCAAGUGGCUGCAGCAGCUGCGGCCGCGGCGAUGAUGCAGGAGGCGCAGCUAGUUUACAGCCAGCACCCGGGCAGCGGGCACCACCACCACUCACACCACCACCACCACCCGCACAACCCCCAGCCCAUGCACCGCUACGACAUGUCGGCGCUCCAGUACAGCCCCAUCUCGAACUCUCAGGGCUACAUGAGCGCCUCUCCAUCCGGCUACGGCGGGAUCACCUACACACAGCACCAGAGCUCUGGCGUCUCUUCCUCGGCUGCCAUGAGCACGUUAGGGUCGCUGGUGAAGUCAGAGCCGAGCGUAAGCCCUCCCGUUAGCACUCACUCCAGGGGCCCUUGCCCCGGAGACUUGAGAGAGAUGAUAAGCAUGUAUUUACCGACCGGAGAGCCCGGGGACCCGUCGGUGCAAAGUAGACUCCACGCAUUGCCGCAGCAUUACCAGAGUGCGACGACUGCGGUGAACGGAACGGUUCCGUUAACACAUAUAUAGAUUAAGCUAUUCAUAAGACUAUGGAAACUGCAGACAGAAUACAAAAUAACAUAACCAAAUAUUUACAUAUUUUUUUUAAAUGAUCACUGAACUAGGCCUACCUGCAUUUUGUACAGAAUGUUUAUGGUGAUGUUCUUGUAAAUGAAAGGUUAAUUAGCCUAUCAAUUUCGCCUUUUGGAGUAUAUACAGUCUCUUACUCACAGGAUAUGAGUUCAAAUAUUGGUUGUUGUGUUAUAAUUUUUACCUUUUUAUUAAACCCACUUGUGGUUUAGGGCGAUGCCAAAUGAAUGAAUACAUUUGGUUAACUAUAACCGUAUUAGUUUGGGUUCACUGUAAGUUAUAGAAUAAUAAGAUAACAUGGUUUUCAUAAUCAUAAAAAUGUUUUCAAGAUUGAUAUUUUCCCCAUUUGAUAAUUACCCAAGCGUUUGUAAACAUGUCCGUUUAUACAAUGUCUAUUUAUGAUCAUAAUUAUCUCUUUUAAUUGUAAUAAUUAUUGUAAAUUGUGAAUCAUUUUAAUAUUUUAAAAGACUGAUGCGUAUUUGCUAUUGUAUAAUUUACGAGGUGCAAUUGCGCUGAAAUACAAUUAAAAUGCAUUUCACACAUAUGUUGCUCUGGUUCUACAAAAAAAGUCUUAGCUUGAUUAUUGUUCACUAUCUUCGGUUGCAAAUUACAAUUUGAGUUGUCUUUAAUUUGAAACCCACGAACAUGAUCAAAAAGUCGGACGCAAAGCUACGGAUAUGCUACAGUAAAAUGUUGUUUUUUUUAUAAGGGGAAAGUGUCUCUGGCAAACCCGUAACAUUAAGCACGUUAUUAAAAUGCGUAUCAACUAAUAA